AUGAGGAAGCAAAGUGCGCGCACCGCCGCGCUCAUCCUGUGCAUCCUGUCGUACCUGCUGGUGGGCGCCGCCGUCUUCGACGCGCUUGAGUCCGAAGCAGAAAGCAGUCGCAAGCGGUUGCUGGACCAGAAGCGGAGCGAAUUCCGGAGGAAGUACGGCUUCUCAGCAGAGGACUACCGCGAGCUGGAGCGCCUGGCGCUACAGGCCGAGCCGCACCGAGCCGGUCGCCAGUGGAAGUUCGCCGGCUCCUUCUACUUCGCCAUCACGGUCAUAACGACCAUCGGGUACGGCCACGCCGCUCCGGGCACGGACUCGGGCAAGGUCUUCUGCAUGUUCUAUGCACUCCUGGGCAUCCCGCUGACGCUGGUCACCUUCCAGAGCCUUGGCGAGCGGCUGAACACGCUGGUGCGGCGCCUCCUGCUGGCGGCCAAGCGCUGCCUGGGCCUGCGGCGGCCGCGCGUAUCCACCGAGAACAUGGUAGUGGCCGGACUGCUCGUGUGCGCGGCCACCCUGGCCCUGGGGGCCGCCACGUUUGCGCAUUUCGAGGGCUGGACCUUCUUCCACGCUUACUACUACUGCUUCAUCACCCUCACUACCAUCGGCUUCGGCGACUUCGUGGCGCUACAGAGCGAUGAGGCGCUGCAGAGGAAGCCGCCCUACGUGGCCUUCAGCUUCCUCUACAUCCUCUUGGGGCUCACGGUCAUCGGUGCCUUCCUCAAUCUUGUGGUCCUGCGCUUCCUUGCAGCCAGCACCGACGCGCCGGAGCGCGCUGCCCGCCUGCUCCGCCUGGGGGCGCCCGAGGGCCGCGGCCCCUCCCAGGCCUGCCGCCCAGCCCGCCCCAAGGCUCCCAUUUCCAUCUCUUAUCGCAUCCACCAGCUGGAGAAGUGGGCCCGCGACAAUCUGGGUUUCUCGCCCCCCACGAGUCCUAGAGCCGUGGGCUUCAGGGCAGGCAGGUCUCUGGUCAGGAGGAAGUCUAUAUGA